AUGUUUCUUCGCAGAGCCUUUGCUUGCCUUGCAGCAUGUGCGGCUUUGACGCCGGCUGUAUACGCCGCUUCAAACUCUUCAUCAGACUCAUGCCAUUCUUCGGCUAUUGAGCUACUCAGUCCGCAAACAACCAUCCUCAAUAUCUCUGCAAAGAGAGUGGACAAUUAUCCCAUCUUUCAAGGAGACUACUUUGACGUCUUUGCGCCCAUACCUUCUACUAUUUCCAAUGUCAGCUUUUGCAACAUUACCGUCACAUACACACAUCCCCAAUGGGACGACACUGUUCAAAUCUUCAUCAGCCUGCCAUUGCAAGGUUGGAACCGCAAAUUCCUGGCCCUCGGUGGCGGCGGCUUCUCGACGAAUCCGGCUCUUGAGCUUUUGCCCGUGGUUGCGUCUCUCGGCUACGCGUCUGCCGCGACGGAUGGAGGACACGACGGCCAGGAUCUGAGCUGGGCGCUCAAAAACAACAGCAGCCUGAUCAAUUACCCUCUCUUGACGGACAUGGCGUCGGAGGCGCUCAAGGACAUGACGGUGCUCGGGAAGCAGUUUACAGAGGCAUACUAUGAUCAGGCUGCCGAGCAGACGUACUGGGUUGGGUGCUCGCAAGGCGGGCGCCAGGGCAUGAUGAUGGCGCAGCGGUACUCGCACCUGUUUGACGGCAUUCUUGCCAAUGCGCCUGCCAUUAACUGGAACGAUUUGAUUGUCGGCAUGCAGUGGCCCUCGGUGUCCAUGUACGAGACAAAGACGGUUCUUCCUCCCUGCGUCUUGACCGCAUUCACAAAAGCUUCCAUUGCGGCGUGCGACAGCCUCGAUGGUCUCAAGGACGACAUCAUCAGCCUUCCGGGAUCGUGCAAGUUUGACCCGUACUCGCUUGUUGGAAAGUCUGUCAGCUGCGACGGCGGCAAGAUUACGCUGACCGACAAGCACGCAUUCAUCAUCAAGCAGAUCCUCGACGGCCCAACCACGCCCAGCGGGAAAAGACUCACUUUCGGCUCAGAGGUCGGCACCGAUCUCUCUGCCGCAGUCAACACGACGUGCGCUCGGAACGGCACAGACUGCACGUCAAACGGCAACGUCUUUUCCAACGAGUGGAUUCCCAAGUUUGUCGCCAAAGACUAUGGCUUCAACCCACUCACCAUUACCUAUGACCAAUUCUAUGAAUUCUUUGCACAGUCCAAAGAACGCUACGACUGGAUCAUUGGGACAAACAAUGCCGAUCUCCGUCAUUUACGCAGCACCAACACCAAGCUUCUCACGUUUCACGGCCUGUCGGACGACAUUAUCCCCCCGCAAAGCACUGCAGAGUACUAUGGCCAAGCGCGAGCGCUUGAUGCAAACGUCACCGACUACUAUCGGCUGUUUCUCGCCCCCGGUGUCAAGCACUGCGCGGGAGGUCUGGGCCCAAACCCGAAAGCCAUGAUUGACGUGCUGGAGAAGUGGGUGGUGGAUGGCAAGGCGCCUACGCGGCUGGAUGCGGUGGCGACUGCUGCGAACGGCACCAAGAGUCAGCGCUUUGUCUGCAUGUACCCAGCCUCGUCGAGAUAUACGGAUGGCGACCCAACGUUGGCAUCGUCCUUUACCUGUAGCGAGGAUGAGAGCUAG